AUGAACUAUGAAAGCUGUUAUAAGAACUUUGUUGAAUUCCGGGAAAGAUUUUCACAGUGGAUUUCUUCUGAGAAAACGCCUGAUGAUAAUAAUGACGCCUGUUCUUCAGUCAGCCAUGUUAGUUCAUCUUCAACAGUGUCCUCGCGCUCCAGAUUAAGAAGCGCGAAAGCUAAACGUUUAAUUGCGGAACAUAAAAUUAAAAUGUUAAAUAAAAAGCAAGAAUUAGAGCGCGCACGCGUAGAACUACAAAUGAAACAACAAUUACUAGAUCAACAGUCUGAACUUGAAGAAGCGCAAUUAGAAGAAUCAGUAUGGCAACAAGCUGUACAGGAAGAGAAUGGAGUGAACUUAGAAGUCCAGUCUCAGACAACAGUACAACAUUCUACUUCCGGUGAAACAACUUCCGUUACUGGAAAUGUGACAGGUACAGACAGUGAUUAUAUUCUUCCGCCUAAAACCCAUACGACAGCAAGUACGUCUUCUACCGGAAGGAAUAUAAAUUAUAAUGAUAUGUGUAGCAGUGCACGUGAUCACGGGCAUAAUCAAGAUGAGGCUAAGAGUGCGCAUUCUAUAAACAAUAUGAACUCCGAGGUUAGUGUUUCUACAAUAGACAUAGCGUUCCAGAAACUUGCAUCUACACUUCAGGAAGGGUUCAAUCUUCCGAAACCGGAAUUACUGACAUUUAGCGGCAAGCCAACUGAAUAUUGUAAGUUCGUCAAAAACUUCGAAACUAAUAUCGAAAGUAAAAUUACCGAUGAUAGACUUAGGUUGAGCUAUUUAAUACAGUACUGUUACGGUGAAGCAAAGUGUUGUAUUGAAGAUUGUGUUUUGUUGGAACCCAGUGAAGGAUACAGGCGCGCACGUGACAUCUUGUUCUCACGUUAUGGAAGGCCGCACGUGAUCGCUAGAACAUAUAUUGAAAAGUUGGUAUACGGUCCACAGAUAGCAGCAUCUGAUACAGACGAACUAUCAAAAUUGGCAUUAGAAAUGCAAAGGUGUGAAAUAACUUUAUCGCAACUAGGAUAUAAUUCGGAUGUAGAUAAUUCUGAAAACUUGAGGCGAAUUGUGAAACGGUUGCCUAUGCAUCUGAGAGUGAAAUGGGUUGAUAUAGCACACGUAAUUAACGAAUCUGGCAGGGAAGUACAUUUUACCGACUUAGUGAAAUUCGUUGAUGAGAAAUCACGUGUUGCCAGUUCAAUGUAUGGAAUCGAUCUCAUUAAAGAAAAUCGAACAGCGAAGUCAACUUCCGGUAAACCGCAUGGUACAAAGCCUGUAAAAGAUGUAACUACAUUGACCACACACAGUAAUACUGAUCAGAGAAGAAACGAAAGAAAGUGCCGUUGUUGCCAUGGUAACUGCCUGGAUGUAUCUGUAUGUAGCAAAUUUAAAUCGAUGAGUCUAAAUGAGAGAAAAGAACUGGUGCGAAAAUUCAAGUUGUGUUACAACUGUUUGAAAGGCAACCAUUCAUCUAGCAACUGCAGAAAACCAAAGUCAUGUACAGUACCCGGUUGCGAAGUGAAACAUAACAUGUUGUUACAUAGUUGGAGCAGACCCAAUCCUGAAUCUUCGGCGACACAAGCUGUGACUUGUGCAUCUGUGAAGAACUCAAAUGUGAAGAACUGUUUAGGAAUUAUACCAGUUAUUGUGAAUGCUGAAAAUGGAAAUUUCUGUCAAACAUACGCUCUGUUAGAUGACGGUGAAGAUAAAACCUUAUGUGAUGAGAGGUUGUUACAGUCUUUGAACGUCACAAGUAAACCUGUUACAUUCAAUAUUUCAACGGUAAACUCAACAAGUAGUACCAUUCACGGACAGGAAAUAAAUCUUACUGUAAUGGCGGUGGACGAAAACAGAAAUGAAGAAGUGACACUUUCCAAGGUGUGGUCAGUGAAGGAGCUUCCAAUCUCAACAAGAUCCGCAGCAGUAAAUGUUGACUUAAAGAAAUUACCCUACUUAUCAGAUAUAGACAUACCGCAAAUUGACACAAACAAUGUUAUGCUACUGAUCGGUACAGAUUCUCCAGCUGCACAUAUUCCACUCGAAGUGCGUUCAGGAAACAUUGAUCAACCGUACGCCGUGCGAUCACGGUUAGGAUGGGCAGUACGUGGUCCAGUUCAAGACAUUUGUGAGCCUAAUACCGUAAAUGUCCACUUUGAACAAUCCAGAGACGUGUCACUGCAACAGCAACUGGAAAGAAUGUGGAAUACAGAAUUUAAUGAUAGAUCAUUGAAUGAAAAGGACUCUAUGUCUGUUGAAGACAAACAUGCUCUGCAGAUUAUGGAAUCAUCUCUUACCCAUGAAGAUGGUCACUACAAAAUUGGAUUACCAUGGAGGAAGGAGAAUGCAUCCUUGCCAAACAACAUAGCUCUUGCCCAAGUACGCCUACAACAACUGAAACGUAAACUGUCACGUGACCCGGAAUUACAUAAAAUGUAUACAACAUCCCUGAAUGAUUAUAAUUAUUGA